AUAAGGGCCCUAUAUAUUCACCGUAUAAACAUUAAGCUUCUCUUCUGCAUGUGCCCAAAACCCUAGUUUUGUUUGUACCAUACGACCUUCCAUUUCUUCAACAAUGGCAGCAGCAGCUCGCCCUAUCGUCUCCGUUCAAACCCUAGAGGGCGAGGCAGCCCCCACCGUCCCACUCCCCGACGUCAUGAAGGCCUCCAUUCGCCCCGACAUAGUCACCUUCGUCCACUCCAACAUUUCCCGCAACGCUCGCCAACCCUACGCCGUCAGCAAGCGCGCCGGCCACCAAACCUCCGCCGAAUCCUGGGGCACCGGCCGCGCCGUCUCUCGCAUUCCUCGCGUUCCCGGCGGCGGCACUCACCGCGCCGGCCAGGGGGCCUUCGGCAACAUGUGCCGCGGCGGCCGCAUGUUCGCUCCCACCAAGAUCUGGCGCCGCUGGCACCGCAAGAUCAACGUCAACCAGAAACGUUACGCUGUUGUCUCCGCCAUCGCGGCCUCCGCAAUUCCCUCCCUCGUCCUCGCCCGCGGCCACCGCAUCGAUUCCGUCCCGGAGCUUCCCCUCGUGGUUAGCGACACCGUGGAAAGCGUCGAGAAAAGCAAGGAAGCCGUGAAAGUCCUGAAACAGAUCGGAGCCUUGGCCGACGCAGAAAAAGCGAAAGAUAGCCACGGAAUUCGAGCCGGUAAGGGUAAAAUGAGGAACCGUAGGUACAUUUCACGCAAGGGCCCUUUAAUCGUGUACGGAACCGAAGGUGCCAAAGCCGUUAAAGCCUUCCGGAACAUUCCAGGCGUUGACGUGGCAAAUGUUGAUAGGCUUAACCUUCUGAAGUUAGCACCCGGUGGCCACCUUGGGAGGUUCGUUGUUUGGACCAAGUCCGCGUUUGAGAAGCUCGACUCCAUUUAUGGGUCCUUCGAUAAGGUUUCCGAAAAGAAAAAGGGUUACCUCCUUCCCAGGUCCAAGAUGGUUAACUCUGACUUGGCCCGGAUCAUUAACUCCGACGAGGUUCAGUCCGUUGUUAGGCCCAUUAAGAAAGAGGUUAAGAGAGCCACUCUGAAGAAGAACCCUCUUAAGAACCUUAAUGCUAUGUUGAAGCUCAAUCCCUAUGCUAAGACUGCAAGGAGAAUGUCCCUUCUCGCGGAGGCGCAGCGCGUUAAAGCUAAGAAGGAGAAGCUUGAUAAGAAGCGCACCACUGUCUCUAAGGAGGAGGCUUCUGCUAUCAAGGCUGCCGGAAAAGCGUGGUAUCAAACCAUGGUGUCCGACUCUGAUUAUGCCGAAUUUGAUAACUUUUCUAAGUGGCUGGGUAUUUCUCAGUGAAUUCUUUUCUGUAGCGUGUAGAUUUUGUUCUGUCACUUUCUUUCGGAUUAUAUUGCUUUGCAGUUUUGAUACGGCAAUUAUAUCG